AUGAGCAUGCAGACCCCGCCUACACUCCUGGAGCUGGCAGGAAAGCGCCUGCUGAGGGACCAGGCCUCGGCCAUCGCAGCUCUGGAGCACCUGCCCGCCGAGCUCUUCCCGCCUCUGUUCAUCCUGGCCUACCAUAGUAGACAACACCAGCAGUCCCUGAAGGCAAUGACCCAAGCCUGGCCCUACCAGGUCCUCCAUCUGGGUGGCCUGAUGCGGUGGCCUCGGGUCAAGGUCUUAAAAGCCGUGUUGGAUGGGCUUGACGUUGUGCUUGCCCAGGAGGUUCGCCCCAGGAGGUGCAAACUGCGGGUGCUGGAUUUAAGGAACCUGGGUGCAGACUUCUGGGGAAUGUGGUGUGGAGACAGUACCCAGAAGCACUCAUCGAUGGUACCAGUGGCUGUGCACAGGUCCAGCCCCAACAUGGAGCACCCCUUAGCUCCCGUGGAGGUGUUCCUAGACCUUAACUUCAAUGCAAGCGACAGGGAAAAGUUUUUCAUGUACGUCAUCCAAUGGGCCCAGCAGAGGGAAGGGCUGGUACACCUGUGCUGCAAGACGCUGAAGAUUGCUGUGGUGCCCUUCCCGAGGCUGAGGAAGGUCCUGGAUGCAGUGAAGCUGGACUGCAUCCAGGAGGUGGAAGUGAACUGCAUCUGGGACCUAUCCACCCUGGGGACGUUUGCUCUUUACCUGGGGCAGAUGAGGAACCUGCAGAGACUCUCUCUCUCCUACAUCCAACUUUUGAGUGACGAGGAUGAGGAUGAAAGUGAAGAUGAAAAUGAGGAGGAGAAUAUAGAAGAGGAGGAAGAACUGGAGGAAGAGGGUCUGGAGAUGGGAGAGGAAGACGAGUCAGAGAGGGAAGAGCAGGAGCAAGUGGAAGAGGAGCAGGAGUGGAAUGAGGAAGAGGAGUGGCAGAGGGAAGAGCAGGAGGACCAGGAGGAGCAAGAGGAGCAGGAGGAGGCAGAGGAACAGGAAUCCUUUUCCCAAUUCCUCUCUCAGAUGCUCAGGCUGCAGCACCUCCGAGAGCUCAACAUGAAUUCCCCCUCCUUCCUCCGAGGCCGUCUGGACCAGAUGCUCAGGUGCCUGCAGACCCCUUUGGAAAAAUUUGCCAUAAGUCAUUGCCAGCGCCUGACCCAUUCAGACCUGACACACCUGUUCCAGUGCCCGCACCUCAGGCAGCUGAAGUGCCUGCGUCUGUAUUGUGCCAGCCUCGCUGACUUUAGUCCUGAGCCCCUCCGAGCUCUGCUGGAGGCUGUGGCACCCACCCUCCGGGACCUGGGCUUAGACAACUGUGCCAUGGUGGACUCCCAAGUCGAGGCCAUCCUGCCUGUCCUGAGCCGCUGUCACCAGCUCAGUUUCUUCACCAUCUCUGAGAACCGCCUGUCCUUGGCCACCGUGGGGAAGCUGCUGCGUCACACAGCCGGGCUGCGCAGCUUAGAGAUGGAGCUGUACCCCGCCCCCCUGGAGUGUUACACGACCCAGGGCACUGUCAACCAGGAGAGACUUGACAAGAUCCAAGCUGAGCUGACGGGAAUACUGAGGGAGUUAGGACAGCCCAGGUCCAUCCUGCUUGUCACCAAGGAUAGUGGCCACAGGGAAUAUUAUGAUGUGGCAUUUUCAUAUCAGGGAGCCCGUGCUGUGCCCCUGUAA